GGCGGGCAUGCGAGCAGCCGGGGGCCCGCACGCCGCCACCCACCUGCCGUCGCGGGCGCCGCCAGCCGGGGCGCCGUGCUCGCCCUUCGCCGAGCGAUGUCCAGGAGGAAACAGAGCAACCCCCGGCAGAUCAAGCGUUCCUUGGGAGAGAUGGAGGACGGCGAGGACGCCGCGGCGGGGGACGCCAGCCCCUUGGCCGGGGAGGGGGCCGCCUCGGACCGCGAGGGCUCCGCCGAGCGCGACGCCCCGAGCCCCGACGGCGAGCUUCGCCGCGACCUGCCCGAGGCUAAAGACGCCCCGGAAAGUCCGAAGGAGCCAGAGAAACAGGAUCCCGGAGAAAACCCUCCGGAGCCGAACUCCUGGAGCGGGCCAGAUGAGCUGGAGCUGGCCGUGCUGGAGGGGCAGAGCCGCGUGCGGGCCCGGCGGAGCCUCCCCCAGGGCUUCUCCUGGGGCCCCUUCCAGGGCAGCGUCCACAGCGAGCCGGCGUCUCCGGGGCAGAACGAGACGAGCCCGCCCGUGACGCUGGUGCUGGGAGACGAGAGCUGCUGGCUGUCCAGGCUGCCCCUCGUGCCCGCAGAGCCCGACGCCAACGCCGUCGUCUACAGCAAGGGCGAAGCCCUGUGGUGCAGGACGACGCGGGCCGUGCGGGAGGACGAGGCGGUGCGCGCCUUCGUCGUGGCCGAGCCCCGGGCCGUCCCCGAGCAGGCGGCGAAAGCGGAGCCCGGCGACUCGCCCUACCCGGCCGCGCUGCGCGCCGACAUCCAGCUGCUGCCGCAGCAGGCCGGCAUGGCGGCCAUCCUGGCCACGGCGGUGGUUAACAAGGACGUCUUCCCUUGCAAGGACUGCGGGAUCUGGUACCGGAGCGAGCGCAACCUGCAAGCGCACCUGAUGUACUACUGCGCGAGCCGCCAGAGCGCCGCCUCGCCCGCCGCCGCCGCCGCCGACGAGAAGCCCAAGGAGACCUACCCCAACGAGCGCGUCUGCCCCUUCCCGCAGUGCAAGAAGAGCUGCCCCAGCGCCAGCUCCCUCGAGAUCCACAUGCGCAGCCACAGCGGGGAGAGGCCGUUCGUCUGCCUGAUCUGCCUGUCCGCCUUCACCACCAAGGCCAACUGCGAGCGUCACCUCAAGGUGCACACGGACACGCUGAACGGCGUCUGCCACAGCUGCGGCUUCAUCUCCACCACGCGGGACAUCCUCUACAGCCACCUGGUCACCAACCACAUGAUCUGCCAGCCGGGCUCCAAGGGCGAGGUGUACUCGCCGGGGCCGCCGAGCCUGCCCGCCGGCAAGCCCCUCGCCCCGGGGCUGAGCCAGCCGAACAACCCGCCGGCGCUCAAGUGCAGCCUGACGGGCUUCCUGGGCGAGGGGCUGCCGGCGCUGGCGCCCCACGGGGCGCUGCGGGGCCCGCCGGCCCCCGCGCCGCCCGCCUCGCCGCCCGCCCCGCCGCCCGCCGCCGACGGGCCUUCCUCCGCCGCCUCCUCCUCCUCGUCCUCCUCCUCCUCCUCGGCGUCCUCUGAGCCCCCGCCGCCCGUCCGCGUCAAGGAGGAGCCCGGCCGGAGCCCGGCCGGCGAAGCGGAGGCGCCCAAAAGCGGCGCCCGAGCGGAGCCGGCCGGCAGCCCCGUCUCGGAGCCGGACGCCGGCUCGCGGACCUCUUCUCCCCGCAGCCCGCGCUCGGGCAAGGUGAAGUCGGAGCUGGCCAGCCCCACGCCGGGCUCCAGCCCGGUGCCCAGCGAGCCGGGCGCGGGCACGGCCGGCGGCACCGUCUUCCUGCCCCACUACCUGUUCGGGCACGAGGCGGCGGUGGUGCCGCAAGCCUCGGAGAUCCUGGCCAAGAUGUCGGAGCUGGUGCACAGCCGGCUGAAGCAGGGCCCCGGCGCGGGGCCGCCCGGGCUCUACGCCGGCGCCCCGGCACCCAAAGGCGCCACGUGCUUCGAGUGCGAGAUCACCUUCAACAACAUCAACAACUACUACGUGCACAAGCGGCUCUACUGCUCCAGCCGCCGCGUGGCCGAGGACGGGCCGCCCGGCGCCCGCAAGCCCAAGGCGCCCGCCGGGGCGGCCCCGGGCGAGGGGCCGGCCGACGGCGAGGGUGGCCGCGCCGGCACGCCGCCGGAGCCCAAGGCGGAGGAGGGCCGUGCCAAAGCGGGCUCGCCGGCGGCGUCGGAAGGGGCGGCGGGGCGCUGCAGCGAGGACAGCCAGAGCCCCGGCAGCUCGGUGGACGAGGGGGACGAGGAUCCCAGCAAGACGCUGUGCCGGGCUUGCAACAUCCGCUUCAGCCGCCACGAGACCUACGCGGUGCACAAGCGCUUCUACUGCGCCUCGCGCCACGACCCGCCGCUCCGCCGCCCCGGCGCCGCCAAGCCGCCCCUGCCGCCCCAGCCCCUCCGCACCCGCAAGCGCCGCAAGCUCUACGAGCUCCACGGGGCGCCCGGCCCCGCGCGCCGCCUGCCCGAGCUCCCGGCCCCCGCGGCGGUGGCAGCGGGCGCCGCGCGCGCCGAGCCGCCGGCGGCCAAGGCGCCGGCGCCGGCCCCGUCGCCCAGCUCCAGCCCGGACGCCGACGGCCCCAUCGACCUGAGCAAGAAGCCGCGGCUGCAGCAAGGCGACGCGGCGGCGCCGCUGCUGCCGCUGGCCGACUACCACGAGUGCACCGCGUGCCGCGUGAGCUUCCACAGCCUCGACGGCUACCUGGCGCACAAGAAGUACUACUGCCCCGCCACGCCGCUGCAGCCCGGCGCCCUGCAGCGCCUGCAGAAGAUCAAGGGCGCCGUGCUGCAGGGCCGCCGCAGCCCCGCCGGCGAGGACGCCAAAGCGGAGGCGGCGCAGCCGCCGGCGAGCCCGGGGCUGCCCGCCGGCAAGGCGCUGGCGCUGCCGCCCGCCUACGCCUGCGCCGCCGGCGGGGACGGCCCGCCGCGGUACCCGCCCGGCGCCAAGGGGCCCCUCUCCGUCUGCCCCUACUGCCCGCUCAACGGGGCCGUCCGCGGCGACCUCGCCGAGCACCUGCGCAGCGCCCACGGGCUCCUGGUGGCCGUGCCGCCGGCGGCCCCCGAGGCGCCGGCGCCCGGCAGGACGCCCGAGCCCCCGCCGCCCGCCCGCCUCCGCCAGGACAGCCUCAACGGCCGGGAGGCCAAGGAGGCGGCGGGCGGCGGCAGCCCGCGGCCCCCCGCCUCGCCGCGGCCCCCCGCCUCGCCGGCCGCCCCCGAGGCGCCCCGCACGGACAAGGGCGUGCAGACGCCGCCGGGCAAAGCCGCGCCGGGCGCCGUGCCCAACGGCAACCCGCGGUACUGCCGCCUCUGCAACAUCAAGUUCAGCAGCCUCUCCACCUUCAUCGCCCACAAGAAGUAUUACUGCUCCUCGCACGCCGCCGAGCACGUCAAAUAACCCCCCCCCCCCCCCGCCGCCGCCGCCGCCGGCGCGGUGCAGCCGGCCGGCGGGCAGAGCCCGGCGCCCGGCCCCGCUGGUUGCGUAUUUAUAGAGGAACCGCGGCCGCGCGGGUUUGCAGCGACGGCGGCCCCCGCGCAGCCCCCCCCAUCUCCCCCCCCCCCCGCCCCGGCCCCUCCGACGGCGCCGCUCUCCGCACCGUGGGGCAGCUGGCGUGGGGGACCCGAGGCACGGCACGGCCCCUUGGCACCCCACGUCUCCUGCUGCCGCGGUUGGUGGGGCGGGGGGGGCCACAUAGACACUACAGGGCCGGGGGGGGGGAUUGGGGGCGCCCCGGGAAGCGCGUGCCUGUCCCUGCACCCUCUCCCCACCCCCAGGCGGUCCCAUGGGUCGGAGCACCCGGCCGUGGGCCGGGCCCUGGAACGAGAGAGCACUGAAGCCGCGAGCGAAGCUGCCCCGGGCGUUGUGUGUAUAAGCGUGUACAGAAAUAAAUAUGUCUAAUAAA